AUGCCUGCUGUUCGCCAACGCCUUCAUCGUUCUGCACGACUUGGAGGCAACCCUCCAGUGCGCUGUAGCCUGAGAGUGAUGGACUCCGCCGAGCCAUCCACUACCACCAUCUAUCUUACAGUGGCCCCUCCACGCAUUCCAAAUGUGCCGCCAGGGCUCAGCCCCCCCCCUCAUAUCACUCCACUAAGCUGCCAUCAACUUACAGAUUCGCAAAUCAUUCCUCCCCUGCUAGCGCCCACAGAUCCCAUUACUUUUGCUGCUCUCGUUCCUUCUGCCCCUCCCACAGAACCCAUUACUUUUGCUGCUCUCGUUACUUCUGUCCACCCUGCUCUCGUUACUUCUGCUCCCCCCCCGCUCUCGUUCCUUCUGCCCCUCCCGCUGUAG